UCUGGCACGUUUUUUUUUGAUUCCCCCGUAUUACCAUGUAGCCAGUGCCGCAGCGGGGAGAUGAUCGGGCGGAGGGAGCAGUCACAGAUCGAGUCGACAGAGAGGAGAGAGAGAAGAGAGAGGAGAGAGGAGAGACGGAGCUGGCAGCACACAGCAGCGCAUCCAGUCGCUCAUCAUCUGGAGCGGUCACAUUUGUGUUUGGCCACGACAUAUGGGAAUACGACGAGGCGAGACUCCACACCUGGUUCCGGAGGAGAAGGGCGGCCGAACCUGAGCCGCUUUGCAUCAGAGAGCCGGGAGAAAGCGACCGAAACGCAUCCGGGAGGGAGCAGAUCCGACAUCAGAAUUGACAACUAAUCUCCAUCACAGCUGAAAAGCUCAAGAAAAAAAAAACCUAAAAGAAAGAGCUCGUCCCCUAAAAAGAGAGAGUGCACUCCUUUAUGCCAUCAACCGCUGCAGCGCACCAGAGUUUAUGGACUACACACCGACGAGAGCCUGAGAAGAUACCGCUUGUAGAAUCUGAAGGAAGGAAUAGUGCAGAUGGUGUGGCAGCACCUCAUCCCCUGUCAGCCCCACUUCAAAAAGGUGGAGGUCACAGGAUUCCGGCUCAGUGCAGCAAUUUGAAAACUGACACUACACUUGUGGAAAAAAGACAGUGUUGAUCUUCACCAUGAUGGCACCUUUAUGCAUAGCUAAACUACAAGCCUGGUUCUUCAUGGUGUUUCUUAGCUUGACUAUACAUGUUGGCAUGCUCCAGUUUGCUGCUGCUACAAUACAAGGAUACAUUGGAGACAUAGACAUGACGUGCCCAUCUGUAUGCAGGUGUGACGAGGACUUUAUCUACUGUAAUGAUCGUGGGCUGAGCUCCAUCCCAUCACUGCCUCCUUCUGCAUCCGUCCUCUAUCUUCAGAACAACCACAUAAACAACCCUGGCCUUCCCACCUCUUUGGAGCACCAGCAUUCUGUCCGUGUAGUCUACCUCUACGAUAACGAAUUGGAUGAAUUUCCCAUGCACCUGCCACCAUCAGUGCGUGAAUUGCAUUUGCAGGACAAUAACAUUCGCAUUAUUCCACGCAGUGCACUGGCUCGGAUGCCCUUGCUAGAGAAGCUCCACUUGGACGAUAACUCAAUUUCCACUGUCUCUAUUGAGGAUCAGGCUUUUGCUGACAACCCACGGUUGCGCUUGCUUUUUCUUUCACGCAACCACCUGUCCAGUAUCCCAUCAGGACUCCCGGCUUCCCUGGAAGAACUUCGUCUAGAUGAUAACCGAAUCUCCACUAUCCCUACCCAUGCCUUCCGAGGCCUCAGUUCACUUAGAUGUCUUGUUUUAGAUGGAAACCUUUUGGCAAAUCAACGCAUUGCUGAUGACACAUUUGCACGACUUUCUAAUUUGACAGAGUUGUCUUUAGUGCGUAACUCCCUACAGACCCCACCUGCCAACCUGCCUAGUGCCCAUCUUGCGCGACUUUCUCUACAGGACAAUGCUCUAACUCACAUGCCGCGUGGUUCCUUGGAUGGCAUGCAGAGGCUGCAAAGGCUCGACUUGUCAGGAAAUAACUUAACUACACUACCAAGAGGACUGUUCAAAGACCUUGACAAUCUUGCUCAGCUCUUGGUUCGCGGAAAUCCUUGGCACUGUGGCUGCAACCUGCGUUGGCUGUAUGACUGGUUGCGCGCCCGUGGUAACACCAUCACUGUCAGAGGUCUCAUUUGUCAUGGCCCUGAUAGGGUGCGAGACAUGACUCUGACUGACCUGACCAGUGAGAUGGAGGAAUGUGAGGUGAUGAGGAUAGCAGGGACAAAAGACAAAGUUGCUGUCAGUGGAGAUGAGAGCUCCACCACCAACACACCUCCGCAGGGGUCCCUCUUCACUCUUCGUUCUAAGCGACCUGGGCUGGGGUUUCCUGACUCGGGCUUAGACUACACGCUUAGCAGCAGUGGGGUGGGAAAGAGCUUGGCCCUAAAUGUGAAACCUCUGUCUCACAACAGCGUCCGUGUUACAUGGAGUGUGGCUCAGCCAAGCUCCUCCUUCAGGCUGAGCUGGCUUCGACUUGGUACCGGGAAUGCCAUGGGAUCAAUCACAGAGACACUCGUCCGGGGGGAUCGUCGAGAGUAUCUGCUCACCUCCCUGCAACCACGCUCCAGCUACAUCAUCUGCAUGGUGCCACUACCUGCUAGUUCAGAAAGUAAAGUUAUGAUUUCUGGCGAUACCGACUCUGAUGAGGCUCUUGUUUGUGCAAAAGCUGAAACAACAGACCUGCUAGAUGAAGAGGAAGAUGAAGACUCACAGCAGAUUACAGCAUUGCCCCUUGCAGGAAUUAUUGGUGGGGCCACUGCCACUGUAUCUCUGGCUCUUAUUUUUGGUGUCUUUUGUUGGUAUGGACAUAGGACUGGCUAUUUGUGCUCCCGUGACCACUAUACUCGCAGCAGUUCAAGAAAAAACAAAAACCAGGAUGACUAUAUUGAAUCUGGCACCAAGAAGGACAACACCAUUCUGGAGAUUCGUGGCCCAGGUUUCCAGAUGACACCUAUGGCUGCUUGCCAGCCAAUGCAGCCGAAACCCCUAAGAGAGGAUUACAUCAUUCAUACCAUAUUUCCCUCCAAUGGCAGUGGCUUGUACAAAGACUCCAACCAUGUUUCCAAUUCAGCACAUGGCACCAACCGUGGUUAUAGAGAAGGAGGAAUCCCAGAUAUAGACUACUGUUACUCAUGAUGUAUUGUACCAGAUGCUGUUCAUAGAGUUAUUGGUAAACUGUAUAGAUGCACAAUUUCCCUCGGCAUGGACACUACUGAAGCACCCCUCUGUGCCUUCUUCUGGUCUCUUAUUCCAAAUGACCUGCUGUUCACUACACUGAAAGUACUGGAUAUGAUUAACUGUAACUGAAACUGUGUGGGAACAGUUCACUGCAGGAGGCAGCCGCCAAUGCCCCAGGUGUAAAUGCACAGCUGAGUGUUUCUUCACCAUCUUAGUAAUGGUCUGUGUAUGAUUUCUCUUUUUGCUCUUUCCCUUUGACAUGUAGGCAAAGAAUGUAUCCACUGUGGAAAGGUCAAACUUGGCGUGGGCACAGGUAGAGUUUCGUUUUCACACAAGGGAGCCACAGCAGUCAGCUCUAAAUGGAUUCAGUAACGAUGAGAAACAGACACUUUUGGAACUCAUUUCCAGCUCACCAGUCACACACCAUAUGUAGUCUCAUUAAAUCAUUGUUCCAAAUGCCUCAACUAUAUUGACGUGCCCUACCAGCUAUCUAAGCAAAGGGCUUUGUAAAGCUGUGAAUUGUUUUAUUUUAAACAACCCAGUAACCAUCUGUCUUAAAUUAGAUUUGUUGUUACCUUACCCAGUAGUCGGCAAGGUUAAGAUCUCAGCCUUGAUUUUACCUUUUGCGCUCGUUCACCUGGGAUCUAUUUACUCUGAUAAUGACUGGGCCGUGCUUGAAAAAUGCUCUACUAUUUUUAUCAGUGGUUUGUUACAGUAAGUAAUGAAGUUCUGCACAGCUCUCUGUAAUUAUUUAUUUGACCUUUUAUGAGAUGUGUUUUAUCUCUGCUCAAUCUCUCUCUCUCUUUUUUUUAAACUUUGGAGUGUUUGUCAUUAUUGGAAAAAAGAUCCCCAGCUCUUGGUGAAGACACUGCUUUUGUUUUAUCAGAACAAAAGGGUGGGGUUUCAUUGUCUCCUGGUUCAUGUUUAGGUAAAGACAUCAGAGAGAAUUCUUGAUUGAGUCUGUUUGUAUUAUGUUAUUUUAUAAUGAGAUGCCACUCAAAGUCUAGCAUGUCUGCUCACUGAGACGUUAGAGACCAACCUCAACUGCUGUUUCCAAUGCUGUGUCCAUGUGCUUCACCGGUAACAUCAGUUGCUGACUUUUGGUUGUAAAAUGUUUCCCCAGUGAUCUGAUGGACUGGACAAACUACUAAUUCGGAGCCUCCUUCGGGAGGCAGACUCUUUUGAGUGGACCUUGAGAUGCGGCCGAGAACUGUGAGUGCAGCUGAGGAGACUCAAACCGCAACACUGUUGACCUACACUGUGGGGCGACGGCCAAGCUGCGU